UAGUUUGGUGGGGAACACUGCACUCGGCUCACUCUGCUAGUGAGUUGGUGGGAAGAGGCCGGCUGAACCAGUACCUCUCUUCCGACCGGCGUCCCCCUGAGCGUCUACAACACCAUGGCGGAACGCGGCUGUUGGUUGUUCUUCGUCAUUAUUGCUGCCUUGGCAUUCGUCCUCGUGCCGAGUAUAUACUCUAGUAAACCUGCGCCGUCUGCUUCGCCCUCGACACCCACCUUGUCCACGCUUCUGAACCUUCCCACCACCAAGCCCAAGAACACGAGGCAAGGAUUUCCUGGGAGCAUUCGUCUUCCUAAAACAAUUCGGCCCCUGCGAUAUGAGAUUCGCCUCCGGCCUUACCUGAGUGGGGACUUCAAGGUAGAAGGGGAGGUGAAGAUUGACGUGAUGGUGCAAGUUCCGACCCAAUUCGUAAUCCUCCACAUGGCUGAUAUUAUCACCCUCAACCACACGGCCAAGGUAGUGAUGACAGAAGGCAACAAAGGAAUUGGGAUCGUGGCUCAGCGGCACUCCGUCUCCGACAUGCUUUAUGUUGCAGAGCUGGAGGAAGAGCUUUUAAAAGGAAGCAACUACACCUUCUCCAUCAGCUUCUUGGGUACUCUUGGCCAGAGCCCGCGAGGUUUUUACAGAUCUUUCUACACCAAAGAAAACGGAAAUAUCAGCUGGGUGGCGUCAACGCAAUUCCAGGCAAUAGAUGCGCGGCGAGCCUUUCCUUGCUUCGAUGAGCCAGAGAUGAAGGCCACGUUCAAGAUCUUCCUAGCGAGAAAGGAAGGGAUGACGGCGCUCUCUAACAUGCCUCUCCUCCACACCACUGCCAUUGACGGAGAGGAGGGCUGGUUUUGGGACGAGUUCGAGGAGUCUGUGUUAAUGCCAGUCUACCUUGUCGCCUUCGCCAUCUCGGACUUCUCCAAGCGCGAGGUGAGCGUCGGGAAAGACAACUCGACGCUGAUCAGAGCCUGGGUGAGAGAAGCAUCUCUUUCAAAGCUUGACCUCGGGAUCGAAGCGUCCGCCGUGGGUCUUGACUUCCUAAGAAAGUAUUUCGAGGUUCCCUACCCACUCCCAAAGCUAGAUAUGAUUUGUCCCCCUGAGAUGAGUCCUAACGCCAUGGAGAACUGGGGACUCAUCACUUACAGGGAGGCCUCGCUCCUGUAUACCCCUGGUAAGUCUUCGCUGAGAGAGAGGGAGUGGACAACGUACCUGGUGGGACACGAGCUUGCGCACAUGUGGUUCGGGAACUUGGUCACCUUCAAGUGGUGGAACGACCUGUGGCUGAAUGAGGGUUUCGCCACCUAUGUUGGAACGGUUGCCAUGGACCAGAUUGAGCCGGGAUGGGGCGCCCUGGAUCAGUUUGUGGUUAAGAAACAGCAGUCCGUGAUGGCCCUGGACGCCCUCAGAUCCUCACACCCUGUCAGCGUCCCUGUGCCCGACCCUGCAAUCAUGAAUGAGAUUUUUGACACCAUCACCUACAACAAAGGUGCGUCCGUUAUCCGCAUGAUGAGCAAGUUCCUGACAGAGAGAGUCUUCAGGAGUGGCCUCAGGAACUACCUCACCACCCUGAUGUUCAAGAACGCCGAGCAGGAUGAUCUGUGGCACUAUCUGACGGAGGCGGCGCACGAGGCCGGUACGUUGAGCCGCAACCUUACUGUCAAGACCAUCAUGGACACUUGGACGCUUCAGAUGGGCUUCCCCGUGGUGACCGUGACACGAAUCAAUAACACCACAGCUACCGUCACUCAGGAAUACUUCAAAUUAGACGAUAACACUCUCUGUCCCACUACUCCUUCCUCGUCCAAUCCCUCCACAUCCCCACCUCCUCCCGUCAAGAGCUGGUGGGUUCCCCUGACAUACACAUCAGGAGAGAAGCCAAACUUCAAUGACACGCGGGUGAAGCUUUGGAUGGCUGCCGGGGAGGAGCCACAGACUUAUGAAGUGACUGUGCCUGACUCCUCACACUGGGUCAUCUUCAACAUACUCCAGUCUGCCUACUACAGAGUCAACUACGAUGAGGCCAACUGGAAGCUCCUGGCACUGCAGCUUCAGAACCACCAUGUGAUCCACGCCAUUAACAGAGCCCAGAUUAUCGAUGACGCAUUCAACUUGGCUCGGGCAGGCCGUCUGUCUUACGAGAUGGUGUUAGAUCUGAUAUCCUACCUCGCACAAGAAAGGGAAUACGUGCCCUGGAGCGCCACUUUCAGUAAUCUCCAGUAUAUUUACUCUAUGUUCCACCGUGAUCCGGCCUAUGGCGCCCUUAAAGAUUACAUUCUCUCUCUUAUCCAACCACUUUACGAGAACAUUGGGACAGAGGAGCAGCCUUCAGAUUCCCUCCAGACUCAGCAGUUGCGGUCUGACAUGCUGACCUGGGCAUGUCGCCUGGGUCACGUCCACUGCCGCAAUAUGUCACUCAGUCUUUAUCGGCAAUGGAUGGCUGACCCGAUAGGCUUCAAGGGCAUAUCCCCCAACUUCAUGGAGGCUGUGGGGUGCACGGCCCUGGAGGCGGGUGGGGAGGCCGAGUGGAGUUUUGCGUGGAAGCAGCCCCAAAUGAAAGACGUUCUCGGGUGCACGCAGGAGUUGUGGAUGUUGAUGCGUUAUCUGGAAGGAGGGUUCAACGCAUCGUCGGGAAUCCGCCGUCAGGACGCGGCAAUAACUUUCCGCAGGGUGGCCACACAAGGCACAGGCGCCGUCUUGGCCUGGGAUUACAUGCGCGCCAAUUGGGAACGCAUAGUUGAUUACAUCGGCACCACGUUCUUUGCCCUUCCCAGGAUGGUGGAGGACGUCACCAGGUCAUUCAACACCCGCCAGCAGCUGCAAGAGCUCCAGGCAUUCCAAAAGCAAUACAGCAGCCGACUACUGACCGCCACCACCGCGGUGCAGCAAGCCGUGGAGGCCACCAGAAUCAACGUGGCUUGGAUGAACAAAAAUAGGAUGUUCAUUGUGGACUGGCUGGCAGGGCACGGCUACACCUCAAACCUAGAUAGCCUCUAGUUUAGGCUCACCUGUGGAUGACCACUUCAAUAGCUAAAUUAAUUUUAGUUUAGCCUGCAAGUAAACGGUUUUCUGUAACCUGAAGUAGUAAAAAAUGGCAUUUUUUGAUGCGUAGACUUUUAAUGGAAGAGCGCUUUUACUAAAACAAAUAAUGCAAAGUAUUCGUAAUUACGCUAACACAAAGGUGAAAUGUAUGGAGAAGUAAAAUAAGGAAAGAUUGUUUUAAUUCUUGUGA